AUGGCCGAGAGCGGCUGCUCGCUCGACGAAAUCUUUCACCUGUGCCAGACUCUGGCUACUAACGACUUGACGACCGUCUCCACGAGCUUGGCGGCGCCCUCUCUCGCGGGCUUCGUCACCGGCGACAGUGACACGCACUACCGUUGCGCGAAGAAACAACACCCGAGUCUCUCGGCCAGUCCCGACGCCGUGCGAACGGCGCUGAAUCCGUUCUUCGAAGACGCGUCGGAAGGUAACAGACGUAUCGAUCCGGAACACCAGGUCGUCGUCUUUAUCGAUAAUGCGGGGAAGUCGCCCAAGCUGGAAGAGAAUCUCGUCGUGUGGGAGACCGUCAGCUGCCUGCGCGAGAAGGGCUACGAAGUACCGAGGGCGUACUGCAGCGCUUUUAUGACGUCCCCGGAAGACGCUACGUUUUUCGUAACUUUACUUCGGAUAUCCUUCACUUGCGUACUGAAGUACUUGGACGCGCCUACGACUGCCGUGAGUUGGCCUCGCCACCUCCAGUAUACUCCUGCAGGUGCAGAAAGUGUGACGGUCGAGCUGCCACUGACUGUGGAACCCACUCUUUCUCAGGGUGACGAGGACGAGGACGUUCUUCCCGAACCGGAGUACGCUGUCACGGAUAAGUUUGCUUCGUGUGUGCUGCAGGUGAUUAAGUGCACUGUCAAGUCGCUGAUCGACUGUGAAAAACAGUUGAAUUUGUACGACGAGUUCGGAGGAGGUAGAGAUUGCGGAACGAAUGUGAGGAAGGUGUCGAAAGCGAUCGAGAGGGCAGUUACUAACGGAGAUCUCGACGGUCACAAUUUGUUCACAUUAUUUCGCGAUAUGAGCAAAAUUGUGGAAAGUGCACGGGCGGGUGUUUCUGGCCUUUUGUAUACUAUAUUCUUCGAGGCAGCUGCUAAGAGGCAACAUUGUCGAAAGCUGGAAAAAUUAUUUAUCAUUUUGAGAAUGACCAUGAUUCCAAAGAUGGAGAACUAUUUAUUGGAAACAAAACAAAUCAAGUCUCGUAAAAUAAACGCUAUAGCUGUAGUGGAGAGGAACAGUAAAAAAGACUGA